CGGAGGAAUCUUUCUGCGGAAGGCUGAUGGACCUGGUGCCGGCUUGAACACCAGAAUCGCGUUCGACAAUCCACCCCUCGACUGCUCAGAGUCCAGUCAUAUCUUACCUACAUACGUAUGUAGGUACACUCACAUAGCUCCGACGCCACUACUCUUGGAUCGUGGCAUUCCGUCCGGUCACAAUAUGACCAUCUCGAAGUGACAAGACCAUGGAGUCCCAGCAAUACUACGGGUCAUCUCACCCCUCCGACCAACCCUCCGCCCGCACCAUCUUCCCCAAGGGCCCUGUCUUCAGUCUUGACGACUUCUCCAGUCGGGAUUUUAUAGCCAAAGACUUUAUCGAAUCCUUGACUGAGAGCGUACAGUCCGCUCAUCGCCGCUCUCAUGGAACCGCCAACGCACCCUUCGACCCCAAGCCCUUGAUCCGCGCAUUCGAGCAGGCCUCGCGACGUCUCGAUGAACUGUCCGGCGAAUUGGAGCAGCGUGAGAAUGAACUGUCCGCUGCAGUGAGAAGAGCUGAGGCGCAACAUGCGGGCAACACCGAGACACUGGGCAGGAAGCUCAACUCUACCAUCGAGAGCUUUCAGAAACUAGAUACGUCUUUGAAGAGCGACAGAGGGGAGAAAUGGGGCGGCAAUGUCGCUGUGGAAACUGGGCGGAGAAUAGAAGAGCUGGACCGACAGAGGAGGAAAGCUCUGGACGCGCACUUUCUGAUCGAGUGCUGGGACGAGGUCAGUAACCGCGGAGAGGUCACCCUGUUGGAGAAUCUAAGGAGAUCUGGCACUGGAGAAGGGAAGAUCAGGUCAGCCAAUAUUGCACGUCAGCUGCUGAGGAUCAGCCAGCGACUCGACCCCAAAAGUCAUGGGCAGCCCAACGGCGUCGCGACGACCAAGCAGGUCGGCAUCACGAACGGUGUCACGGGAAGCAAGAAUUUCAACACCAGAGAAGUCAUUGAGAAAUUCAUCGAGACGCUAGAGAACGAUAUGCUCAAGCUGUUCGACGACUUCUACCGGCGACAAAAUUUCGAAGAGAUGAAGAACUGUGCGAUUGUCUUGCAGGACUUUAAUGGCGGAGCGUCUGUCCAGGCGGCCUUUGUCAACCAGCACCAGUUCUUCAUCGAUCGAAGUAAUCUCAUGACCGAGGAGAUUGGUGGGGACCAGGAGACCUGGAUUCGACUCUCCGACCCCGACGCCGAGUUGCCGGGCGUUGAACCUGGGUUGCAGUCGCUGAUCGACGAAGUCAAGGUCGUGGUUCAGGAAGAAUCGGCCAUCAUCAAAAGAGCAUUUCCCUACCCGGAACAAGUGCUGGGCAAAUUCGUUCAAAGAGUGUUCCAGCAAUCUAUACAGCAAAGGCUAGAACUGGUGCUGGAAAAGGCGGAAUCAGAAUCCACCCUCGCCUAUCUGAGAUCUCUGCAAGCCGCGAGAAGCUACAUCAGCGUCCUCGUCGAAGAUUUGAAGGCGCAUGGGUUGACGGAGCACCCUGAACCAGUAACUUCACAAACGAGUCAACUCCUCGAUCAGCAACUCGACGAACUAUUCACUCCCUACUUUGGGGGUUCCGCAUACAUCGACAAAGAAAAACACAACCUUCAAGAACUCUACAAAUCUCUUCUUUUCAAGUUUGAACUCUUCCACUCUCGACGUCAAAAAGAACCAAAGACUUAUCUCGCAGCGAUCCGCAAUCGAGGUCAGGAACUUCUCGCAUCCGCCAGAGAAGCCACCGACGCGUAUGUUAAAAGCCUGGACCUUGAGAAGAUGUCACCCACGCAAAAGAGGAUUUUGUUGAGUGUGGCGGGUCUUCAGAGCACGGGCGGUGACGACAAGUCACAGCCAGACGUGGAUCUCGACGAGUCAGAUGGGAGAUUGAAUGUUGCUUUCGCGAAGAGAAUGCUCAAGUGGCUCGCUGAAGGAGUAAGACGAGGUCUCGAACUGGGUGGGGGUGCAGAAACUCCGAAGGACGUCGCUGCCCUCCUCAACCUCGUGUUGAAGAAUUUGUUGGAGCUAUACGUCGAAGUCUCUCUCGAAGCCUGCGCAGACCUCGCCUCCUCCUUUGAAAAUACACGACGAGAGCCCGACCUCUCUUAUCUCUCCAAUCUUCGCACAGCCGUGCACAUCGCCCACCUGGUGCAGUCCUGCAUCAACACCCUUCUCAUCCCCCUAGCUAGCUCAUCAUUAACUACACGGCGGGAGAUGGAGAAAGCGGCCCGUACAGCGACCGUCCGCAUCGAGGAUCAGAUCAAUAACAUUGAACAAGCCACCAUCGAUGGCGUGCUUAACUGGACGUCACGAUUACUUUCUAACCAAAAUCGCGCGGAUUUCCGUCCUCGGCAAGAAACGGAGGCACCGAGCUUGGAGCAGCCUCAGACAUCGACCUGUGAAAGUGUGUGUAGGUUUUUGGGCUUGUUCCAUGAUACCGCCGCACAGAGUUUCGAUGGCGCAAACCUCGGUGUGUUGCUGAUGGAGGUUGCGGUGGGAUUCCGCAGCCAACUUCUUCAGCACUUCACCAAGUACCAAGUCAAUAGGAUUGGCGGCGUCAUGCUUGCGAGAGACAUGUCUCGCUACGUCCAGCUGCUCAGAUCUUGGGAAUUAGGCGGCGGAGCUAGCGGCGAGAGCGCCACCAUCGAUGCCGACGCGGUUAGCGGUGGAACUUCUUUCAAGAAUAGCCUCGAGGUGCUGAGUGAGCUUGCCAGCGUAUUUGUGCUGCAUCCCGACGCAUUGAAGGAGAGGUUGAGGGGCCCGGUCCUGGGAAAUUUGGGCAAAGAGAAUCUCCGGCCCUAUUUGUUGAAGCGAGACGACUAUCUGGAGGUGGGCAUGCAGAGUCUGCUGGCGUCCUUGUGAUAUAGAAGGAACCUAAGUGAGAUAUCCAAUGCGGAUCUAUUCGGAGCAUCGGUUAUGGGCACAUUGUGACUUGGGAGAGCCACGGAUGGAUAAAAUGUGAUCAACCCAUGAUCCAUACAUGAUUCCGGUUGCGGUUGAGACGGAAGGAUCGCGAUAGAGAGGGCUUUGCCAAUAUUUGUUUGCGAGAGGAGAGAGAUCCGUGCUGCGAACAUACCGAGAACUAUACUAUCUGCGAAGACAAUGAUGAUACCCCUCGCAUGCCGUCAGUCUAUGGGGUAAUGGUGCGGAUGCG